AUGGACACGAGGAAGAGAAGGCCUGACGGGGCAGCAAACAGCUUCAAUGGCGGAUUCAAGAAAUCUAGACAAGAAAUGGACUCGUUAUCAACUGGUGUAGGAAGCAAAUCGAAGCCAUGCACCAAGUUUUUCAGUACUGCUGGCUGUCCAUUCGGCGAGGGUUGCCACUUCCUGCACUAUGUACCGGGUGGGUACAAUGCAGUGGCCCAACACAUGAACAAAUCCAGCACACCCAUGCCAAAGAACAACAUGCCCCCACCUCAACCAGUCUCCAAUGGCUCUAAUAAUGCACCCUCAAUCAAAAACCGGAUGUGCAACAAGUACAACACCGCUGAAGGAUGCAAGUAUGGCGACAAGUGCCAUUUUGCACAUGGUGAGUGGGAGCUUGGGAGGCCAAUUGCUCCGUCUCACGAUGACCAUCACCGUAUGUCUGGCCCACCUCCUCCUGGUCCCCGAAUAAUGAACCGGAUGGAGCCGCCCCCACCAGGCCCACUAGUGGGCUUUGGCGAUACAGCUACUGCAAAGAUCAGCGUCAAUGCGUCACUUGCGGGGGCUAUAAUUGGAAAAGGAGGCGUGAACUCGAAGCAGAUAAGCAGGCAGACAGGAGCCAAGCUGUCGAUCAGGGAGCAUGAGACGGAUGCUAAUCUUAGGAACAUCGAGUUGGAGGGGACGUUUGACCAGAUUGGUCAAGCCAGCGCGAUGGUGAAAGAGCUGAUUGCAAAUGUAGGUCCAGCUGGUGGCUAUGGCCAUGGCCACAGCUAUAGCAAGCCAUCGGGUGGGUUCUCGGGGGAGAAGCAUCAUCCAGGAAGCAACUAUAAGACAAAGAUAUGCGACAAUUUUAACAAAGGGGCUUGUAGCUUCGGUCAGAGGUGUAAUUUUGCUCACGGGGCAGCUGAACUGCGCAAGACAGGGGUAUGA